AUGAGCUCACAAGGAGAAGAUGUCUGUACAACUAUCACUGCGGGGAAGUUGUUACGCCAAAGGAUAGAAGCGAGUGGUUUCAUCCUUGCUUCAGGUGUACACGAUGGAUUCUCUGCGCGCAUUGCGCUCGAGGUUGGAUUUGAUGUCCUGUACAUGACUGGGGCAGGAGUCACGGCAUCCGUUCACGGAUGUGCUGACCUAGGGAUCGCAACACUGAACGACAUGCGGCGGAGCGCAGAAAUGAUCGCCAGUUUGUCACCAUUUACGCCUGUCAUUGCCGACGCGGACACCGGAUACGGCGGACUAAUCAUGGUGGCACGUACGGUUGAACAGUAUUCGCGCUCAGGUGUCGGGGUGCUACAUAUCGAAGACCAGGUGCAGACCAAGCGAUGCGGUCAUCUCGCUGGAAAGGUCCUGGUGGACUUGAAAGAGUAUUUGGCCCGUAUACGGGCUGCCGUGCAAGCACGCCGAAGGAUUGGAAGCGAUAUAGUCAUCAUUGCACGAACAGAUUCCAUCCAGAAGCAUGGAUAUGAAGAAGCACUGGCAUGGCCAGUGUUGCUGAAUAUGGUGGAGAAUAGCGUCACGCCGAAAAUCUCAGCUAAAGAAGCAAAAGGCUUGGGGUUCAGCAUGAUGAUUGUGCCGCUGGCCACGCUGGCUCCGGCUUAUACUGCAAUCAAGGCUGGUCUGCAAAAGCUGAAGGAAACAGGUUUAGCAGAUACCGAGCUUACACCACAGGACCUAUUCCGAGUAUGCGGGCUCGAUGAGUCGAUGAAAAUUGAUGAGGAGGCUGGAGCUUCCAACUUUGAAGGUGGCGUGGACUGA